GGGCGCUCAGCGCGGCUCCGUUUCCUUCGUGCAGGACGGCGUUUGCUGAAGCUCCGACGAUAUUUGAGGCCGGGCUUCGCCCUGCUUUGAACAGCUGCCUGUCGCGCUUGAAAGCCGUAGGCUAGAGGGAAGGGAGCGCCUCGUCUCUUACCUUCUGCGUAACUUUCAGCGAUGUUUGUCUAGCCUUGUCCAACUCUGUAUCUGCCUGUUGCAGGUCAGAUUCACUGCUGGGACUGAGAUACACUGAAGGAGUUAAAUUAUGGAUUUAACAACCAUACAGCUCUGGCAUGAGGCUUUCUGAUCUUUAGCAUCCUUCAAACAGCCAAAGAAUGGAACCAAAUUCAGAGGAAGAUAAGCUUUUCAGACCAUCCUAUGUAGCUAGCGCAGAGCUACCUGAAAGAACAAGACUAGUAAACGUGGAAGAUAUUAAAACAAAUCUCUCUGAUGAGUUUUGUUCAGCUUCUUCAAGCUCAGACACGAGCCGGAGGUCUAGCUUGGAGCCUAGGGGACACAUACAAGUUUGCCUGCGUAUUAAGCCCUUUACAGCACUGGAAAGAGCCAAUGGAUCACAGGGGUGUGUUUCACUGGAGGACUCAACAAGCAUUAUAUUGAAACCCCCUAAGAGCUCCUUGAGUCGACUGAGUGAAAAAACUGCCGGACAGACGAUGGCGAAGUUCACCUUUUCACGAGUGUUUGGACCUGAAGCAACGCAGGAAGAAUUCUUUGAAGGGACUAUGAGGCAACCAGUGCAAGAUUUCCUAGAAGGAUGUAAUCGCCUUGUUUUUACGUAUGGCGUUACAAAUGCUGGGAAAACCUACACCUUCCAAGGGACAGAAGACGAUGCUGGUAUUCUGCCAAGGACGAUGGAUAUGUUGUUUAAAACUAUUGGAGGGAGGCUAUACUACAAAAUGGAUCUGAAACCUAUUCGGUGGAGAGAUUACAUAAAACUGACUGAAGACCAAGUGAGAGAAGAAACUGCUCUUAAAAAUUCCUUGCUUCAUCUGACAAAAGAGGUCGACCAUCGCAAUAGCACUAAUGGCCAAGCACCAGCUGAUUCUAAAGAUGUGGAAAAUCUCUCAAAAGGAUCAGAACAAUCUAGCGGAUUUUCUGUAGAUAAUUUCUUGAAGUUCUCUGUUUGGGUUUCAUUUUUUGAGAUUUACAAUGAAUGUUUUUAUGAUUUACUGGCUCCUAUGUCAAAUGACAAGAAAAAAAGGACACUUCGCCUUGCUCAAGACAUCGAGGGAUAUUCUUAUGUAAAAGGUCUGCAGUGGGUUCAUGUUUCUGAUUCUAAAGAAGCUUUUAGACUUUUUAAACUGGGACAGAAACACCAGAGUUUUGCAAGCACCAAGCUAAAUACUUGCUCCAGCCGAAGCCACAGUAUAUUUACAAUUAAGGUGCUAAGAAUUGAAGACCUUGAAAUGCCACGAGUGACACGAGUCAAUGAGUUAUCACUGUGUGAUCUUGCUGGUUCAGAAAGGUUUACCAAGACGCGCAAUGAAGGUGAUAGACUGAAAGAGAGUGGAAAUAUCAAUAUGUCUCUCCUGACUCUAAGCAAGUGUGUUAGUGCACUCAAGAUCAGUCAGCAGUCCAAGGUGCAGCAGCACAUACCAUUUCGGGAGAGCAAGUUAACGCACUUUCUUCAGGGAUUCUUCAGUGGAAAAGGGAAGAUACACAUGUUGGUAAACAUCAGCCAGUGUGCUUCAGCCUGUGAUGAAACAUUCAAUGUGCUGAGGUUCUCAGCUAUUGCACAAAAAGUUAUAGUUACGGAUGCAUCUGUUCCUCCUCAAGAUGAGUCAUUUGGCCAGAAAUCAGCAAGUGGGUCAUCAGUGCCUUGUUGCUCUGAAAUGACCAUCCCAAGGAGAAGCAGUGGUUCUUUAUGGGACCAAACCCUAGAAGACGUAAUGGAAGAUGAUGAUGUUGAGAUGGAGGAAGAACGUAGUAAGUCAGGAGAAGAAACAGUGCUGAAAGAUGAAGAAAAUAAAGUCCUUAUAGAAAAAGAAGAAUAUUCAGCACUGCUGAAUCUUGUUGAAGACUUGAAGAACAAACUUAUUGCUGAGAAGAAGGACAAGUUACUCCUGGAAGUGAAAAUUCGUGAUGAAGUGGCACAAGAAUUUACCCAAUAUUUUGCAGAGCAGGAAAAGCAGUUCAAAGAAUGCCUUUCUCAUGAACGAGAACGGCUUGAAGAAAAUUCUGAAAAGCGCCUUGAAAUUUUCAAGGAACUUGUAAGUGGUUAUGCUAAAAGCCCGGACGAAGAGAAAUUAAACGAUCUGCCUCGCCGUGAACAAGCGGAACCCCUGGGUGGAGAACGCAGCGUAGUACUGGACACCUGCGUUGAUCUUGAGGGCAUUCCUGAUUCUCUGCAGAAUGAUGUCGUGGAUAUUAAAAAGCAAGCUGAGGCAGCACACAGUUACAUUGCAUCCCUGGAGGACCCGCAGGAAGCUAUUGGUUGGCUUGAAAAGCAGCUGGAAAAAACUAACUUUGAACUGAUGAGGACCAAGGAAGAGCUGACAGAGAAGAACACCAAACUACUUAAAACUGAAGAAGAGCUGACGCAGAAGAACAAAGACUUUGAAAUGCAGAUGAUUGAAUUGGAUGAGUCUGCUGAACAACUUAAAGAAGCGACCCAGCAAAUGAAUGCACAAAACGAAAGGAUUCAAGAGCUAAUGGACAUGGUGGUGCAGAAAGAUGACGUUAUUACCAAGCUGCAAGAUUUACAAUCUGAUUUAGAAGAAAAAGUAAAAGACUAUGAAAAGACUAUAACUGCCAUUAAUACAAAACUGGCAGAAGAGAACACUAAUAAAGUAGCUGAAAGUGGCCAAUUCGAGGAACGUGAGGACAGUGCAUUGGAAGUAGGAAGAAAGAGCUGUUUUGAAGAUCAGCCUACUGUGGAAGAGCCACCUCCAAAGAAAGUAGUUGUGAAGGCGAGAAAGAAAAAGAGCACUCUAGGACAAAAGAAGAUUGAACACAUGAAACAGAAGUGCUCUGCAUACCAUAUGGAAAUACUAGCCCUGAGGAAAAGAACAGAAGCCUUGGAACGUCACCUGGCUGUGCUUGAGGAACAGUGCCAGAGAGAAAAAAAUAAAAAAGAAGGUUUCAGUAAGCAGGUAACAAGCCUGCAUAUUCAGCUCUCUUUUUCUGAAGAAACAGCUGCUGAGCUCUGUGAACAAAUUGAGCAGUGUAAAGCUGAGAAUCAGGAAAUUGCGUCUGAGUUGGAUGAACAGAGAUCUAUAAAUAUGGGGCUCGAAGAAAAAAACCUUCAACUAAAUAACGUCAUAGAAGUUGCCAAGCAAAAUAUAAUUGAUAAAGUGUCACAAGUAACAGCAGUGCAGACCAAAUUAGAUGAGUUAUACAAACGUCACUUAGUGUCUUACGCUACUGAUACUGACUUGGUCAUCGUCAAGGUAUCCUCAGGAGCUAAGAAAGAUGAACCAGAGACAUCUCAAAUUAGUUCUGCAUGCGUUCAGUCACAGGCUUCUUCUAUAUUGGAUCUUGCACAGGACCGUUCCUUUUACUACAGUCUUGAAAGGAUUUGGGAAGUAUGCAAUAGUAUCAUUGAUGUUUCCUCACGAAAGAGUCAGCAGAUGGAAGCACUGCUUCAAGAUAUUGAAAGCCUAACAAAGGGACUGGAAGAUGCUGAAAAUUAUAAUAAUCAACUUGUAAUGAAGCUAAGUGAGAUUACAAAUUCAGAUAGUCAGGAAGAUGAUCUUAUGAAACAGUUACAAGAGCAAAUAGAAAAGAAAACUCAGGACUUUGAAAGAAAGGCUGCAGAAGAUCGCAGAGUGAUUGCACAAUUUGAGGAGGAAGUUGCCAGCUGUGAGGUAAAAAUAAGAGAGCUUGAAUGUCUCCUGGAGGCGUAUAGAACCAAGGAAGACAGCCUGACACAACUCAAAGAGUUACUUAAGGAAAAGGAAUCUAUUAUUGUAAAUCUAGAAACAGUUGCAGCAGCUCUGCAGGAGAAGUCUGCUAAUGCAGACAAAAAGGUUGAGGAGUUAAGUAGCCAAGAAGCAAAUCUGAUGGAAGAAGUUACACAGCUGAAAAACAGCUUGGAGCAGAUGAAGCACUCUCUUUGGGAAAAGGAAAAAAGUGAAGAGGAGAAAACGCAAUCGAUAGAACUGCUGAAGAAGGUUCUUUCUGAGAGCUCUGCCCUUGUGAUGAAUUUGAAGAGAGAUUUGGAGAGGAAAGAAAAAGGGUAUACGGAUUUACAAGACAGACUUUCUGAUGCCAUGAAACAACUUCAGCAAGUACAAAGCGAGGAGAAGUUGGUUAACGAGACGUUGGAAGAAGUCUCCAAACAGUAUGAGAAAAUGAGAGAAGAUCUGUUUGCAAGAGAAAAAAUAAUUGAAGUUCUGCGGAUGACAUUAGAAGAACAAGAAGAGACUCAUCUUGAACAAGAUAGAGUGCUUGAAGCUCAACUGGAGGAGAAUGAAAGAUUAGUUUCAGAACUGGAGACAUGGAAACAGAAAUGCAGAGAACUGCAAAACCAGAUCAAUAGUGGCCAGCAGCAAAAGAACACCAACAGUGAAGAGGCAAACAUGAAUGAAAACAGUACAGAAUUAAUAAAGCUGCAAAAAGAGCUGGAGGAAAGUGAGGCAAAGUAUCAAACUGAUAGGAAAAAGUGGCUGGAGGAAAAAGAAGAACUCCUAAAUCAUAAAGAAGCUGAGAACCUUCGCAACAGAGAAAUGGAGAAAUUUGCAGAGGACCGACAACAUCAUGGAAAGCAACAAGCAGAAAUUGAAAGACUUGUUGCGCAGCUGGAGGAGAAGGACCGCAAUCUUCAAAAGUGGCGUGAAGAGAGAGAUCAGUUAGUAGAAGCUUUGGAAGUACAGCUCAAAACUUUGGCUUCUAAUGCCAUACAAAAAGAGAAAGAAAUAGCAGAACUGAAACAAUCUGCCGCAAAGGAUUCAAGCAAGGAUAAUGAAGCUGUGAUAGAAGAGUUAAGAAAAGAACUGGCUGUCAAAGAUGACUUUAUAAAGGAAUUAAAACAAUGCAUUAACCGCGGUAGCCCUCAGUCUUUGCCAGAAGUACCUUUACUUGAAGAAAGACAAGGUAGAAUGGAUCGCUCUGUACAUGAAGAGCCUAGGAAAAAACAAAGGAAAAGGGAACGUGGAGAUGAAGAAAGUAUUCCAGUAAGACAUGAAGCUAAAGACAAUUAUUCAUCAUCUGGAUGUUCUAGCAGUGUCACUUCAUUAAAUGAAUCUGGGGAGCAUUCGGAAACUUCUCUGCAACCCGAUAAGAUGGAGAUAAAGCAGCAUGGCAGCAUGUUACCUGCAAGAGUGAAAAUGCCUAAGACAAGAAAGAAGAGAAAAAGUGAUGACAUGGAUGAGGAUUUUGUGAAAAGUGAGAACAUGAAAAAUGCAAAAUCUGUCAUGGCUUUUAAUUCACCCUCUACGAGUGACGAGCAAAUGAAAUCCAGAAGAGAGUACUUCCUAAGAAAGCAAGUACGUACUUCAAGUAAAAGACUGACUAGCAAGAAGGAUGCUACACUGCAAGAAACUGGAGAUUAUCUUCAAAGCUCUCCUCCUAUUAUUCACUCUAAAGCCAAGAAGCUGAUGGCAGCAGUAAGCUCUCCGAAACCUCCGGAACCAGAAAGUCUCGGAGAAGAGAUCAAGCCAAAACGAUCCAAAAGGAAGCUGUAUUCAACUGACAUUUCUGGCCCUCUAGAUACAUCUGCUUCUUCGGUUUUAGUGAAACAAAAGAAGAAGAAAAGUGAUCAUCUAAUCAUCAAGCGACGGCUACGAUCAAAAACAGCCAAGUAACCUUGAGGAAGCAUGUUUCUUCCCCUUAGUUCGGACAUAUUUCUAUUAUACUGGUAAAACCGGUUGUUAAUACAAGGUAACAGUUGC